CAUAUCAAUUCCUUAGGUUAUCCUCUUUCUCCAUCUUGAAGCUUUACGCUGUACCCAUGAGGAAAACCAAACCAACCAUGAAGAAAACCAAACCAACCAACACUGAGAGGAAUACAGAAGAAGAAAGGCAGGACGAGAAACCUUGCAACAUUCUGCAAUUGCCAGACCACAUAACUCAGGAAAUCUUCCUUCAAAUCCCAUUGAAAUCUCUCAUCCAAUGCAAGUUUGUGUGCAAGUCUUGGCUCCGCUCUCUUUCUAACCCCGACUUCACAGAAACCCUAGUUUUACGAGCGCCCACUUGCCAUUUUCUCCGAGACCAUCACACAAAUAAUCACGUCUUGGCCGACCUGAGAAGCGCCUGGAGCCCAUACAACAUGGUCUUGAAGCUUUCUGACCCCAAUGCCUUAUACAAUAGGGUCAAUAGUUUUUCAUGUUAUUCUGGAAUUAUAGGUUCCAGCAAUGGCUUCCUCUGCUUAUUCCGUCGUAAUAGUAAAAUUGAUGCUCUCCAUUUUAGUAUAUCCAAUCCUAUUACUAGAGAGUCUAUAGCUCUUCCCAUCUUUAAAGCUAGGGAUAAUGAUCCACUUAACUUUGGGUUUGGGUUUAGUCCCAUAAGUCAUGUCUAUAAGGUGGUGCUGUUUGCAGCCUAUGGAAAUAGGGUUCGAAGUAAUAAGUUGAAGGUGAUGGUUUUGACAGUUGGCUCUGGGAUUUGGAGAAGCAUUGGAAAAGUAUCUGUAAAUGCGAUUACCGGAUAUGGGGUCUUUCAUAAUGGAUUUCUUUAUUGGAUUUACAACUGCAGAAAACGUUCUCGUUUUCGUUUCAUACGUGCCUUUGAUGUUGAAAGUGAGCGUUUCAAGAAUUUACCAAUGCCUCCUUCUUCUGUCGACCCAAUUACAACUAUUGCUUACCUAGGAGUGUUAAAUGGUUCACUAUCUUUAAGUUGUCGCCCAUCCGAAACUUUCGAAGUUUGGCUAAUGAAGGAAUAUGGGGGCAAGAAGUUUUGGAUGAAAGAGCUUGAAAUUCGUGACACAAUUCACGAGCCAAUAACGGUAAACGGUGACACAUGCUCCAGUGGUCCUCUAUACAUGCAUUAUUUUGAAGUUCUGAAACUUAUAAAGGGGAAAAACUCUCCGAAAAAAGCUUUAUUGUUAGACAACUCUAGAUUGAGCCUUUAUACCCCUGCAACAAGGUCCCUUGUGAGGGUUCAAAUUGAUGGGAUGCCUUGCAUUGUUAGGAAGGAUGUGGCAGGUGUCCAUAUUCCAAGCUUUGUUUCACCUAAAAACAUUAUCAGAGAUUACAUCUCCAAGCAUCCAGAGGAAGUAGCUGAAACAUCUGAUAUAAGAAUACCAGCAUGGACAACUAGUGUUGUGGGAUGGGGAGAGAACGACGAAAGCGAGGUAGUUGAGAUUCCAAGAGGCCAGCCUACCCCAUGCCUGCCACUCCCAAAGGACCUUAAACAUGUAAGUGCAGCUACAGCUUCCACGCUACUGGAUAUGAUUAGUGGCUUGAAUGCCCUUCUAUUGCAGAAGUGCAUGGUAGGAAAGGAUGAGAUCCAAAGGCUUAGGAAGGAGAAUGAAAAACUCCGUGCAAGUGUAAUGCUGCUUUCGGGAAGGCCAGAUGAUGGUGAAGAUAAUUUUGUAUGUCAUGUUCGUGAGCCACAACCUGAGGAGGAUAACUAGCUAGCUAGGAUGAUUUUCGGGUUGAGUCCUCUGCUGUUAUUAACCUGGAGCCGGCAUGUUUAAUUGUAGUUGUCAACUUUGCUGUUAUUAAUUAAUUGCAGUACUGCACUAGGAACACUUCAGCUACUUUAAUUGUGAUCUUAACAGUUCCCAGUAGGAAAAAUGCAGAGCUUGCACUGGCAACCCUUGAAGAGUUGGCUUUAAGUAAUUGCCUUUCGUUGAGUGUCAGUGCCAUCAAGAUCUCUGCACCCAAACUCUUGAAAUUGACCAUAAGCGAAACCGAUGAAGACACUUACAGGGUUUCUGCAACGAAUCACAUAGAGUAUUGUUAUGAGGGUGUACUCUUCAAUAAGUAUUGCCUAUACAACUCAUCAUCACUCGAAAAGACAUGCAAAUAGCAAGUCAUGGUUUCACAACCAAAUCAAUUCUAGCUCCAUUAGAUAUUCUUGGAUGUAUCCCUAAUGUCAAACUAGCUUUAAUCUUAAGGCCCGUAUGUUU